AUGGACACCAAUCAGGCGACAAGUUUAAUGGCACCGCACAUCCAACUGACUUCGAUGCAACAACUAGCUGAGGCGAGAACUUCAGGUGACGACUGGACUGGAACAAAGGAUGCCGCAGCGCGCCGUCGGGCACAGACAAGACUUAACACGAGGGCAUAUCGUAAACGCAAAGCCCUUGGGGAAAAGGUCAAAGCAUCUCCAACCACAAGCUGUUCAUUGAUUGAGCCCGAGGCGUCUGUUGAAUGUUGGGACGAUCAGCAGGAGUCCGUGUGCCUCCUUCCAUUGUCGCGCAUCAAGCAAAGCUAUGAUGCGAGAAAACCCCUGCUAUCCGGAAGGUCUACAGGCCGGCAGCUCAAUGUUGUUUUCCCUCUCUGUCCAGACCACCUCAUCACACUCCUACAGUUCAAUGCCCUACGUGCACUAGCUGUUAAUCGCACUCUGAUCUCAGGCAUCCUCGACGCGCCGCUUGAAUGCGACGAGGAGCUGAUUCACAUUAUCCCCUACCCUUACAAACCACAACUUCUCCCUAAGGCGCUCCUGCCCACCGUCCUUCAACAAAGGGUGCCACAUGGCGACUGGAUUGAUCUUUUCCCCAGUCCCGAGGGAAGAGAUCGUCUGAUUCAGGCUUCUGGCACCUUUGACGAGGACGAGCUGUGGGCGGACUGCAUCGGUGGUUUGUACGAGGGCUUCCCCGACGACGAGAUCAAACAGCGUGGCAUUAUUGCCUGGUCACCACCAUGGGAAAUCGCCGGAUGGGAGAUGUCAGAAGGAUUUCUGCAUAAGUGGGGAUGGCUUUUCAGAGGACUGCCGGGGGCGUUGCAGGCGACAAAUCAGUGGCGGACGGAGCGAGGCGAGCCCCCAUUGGUUUAA